UCCAAACAUCAACCAUAACAGGCUAUAUAUACAAGGUUCCAAGUCCAGCGCAGCCACCAGGAUUUCAUCCAUUCCCAUAUCCAUACCAGCCCUCACUCCCAAGCGUCCACUGUCAUUCCUCAUCCCAACCAUACAUCCAACCAUUCCGUCAUAUCAGCCACUACUCCUGCAAUAUCGAUCAUUUCACAUUCCAACCAGUGCAAUACGUUCCAGACAACAUCCCUCAAUGGAGAGCGAGUAUACGAACUACCAGAAGGACGAGAGGAGGGUAUAGAAGCUCGCUAUACCUUUACAAGCAGAGGGCCGGAGCUGCCCAAUUGAAUUCUUCCUGUGACCUGCAUGAUUCCUUCUCAACACCCGGGGGUGUCUGCACCAGUCUCGAUUCAAUCUUCUGAGAAGCACAGCAGUUAGCCAGGCACAUGUUGGCCACAUCUUCGACAUUCUACAGGGUCCGGUAUUAUAGUACCGUAUGAUAAGAUUAAAACCUACUAGGUACCACCCCCGUCACCGUAUUCAAUAUCGCACACCCCGAUCACCGUCUAGCCCCCCAAUGAGAACACCCUACAUUGCACGGCAGUUCUAGCACGUGCGCGGCUUGUACGGGCUUUUAGGGCCUUCCUAAUUCCGUACACUAAAGAGGAAUGUGGCAUUACCCCCGGCGUAGAUAAAUGAAUCCCCGCCCAAUAAUUAGUGGGAUUUUCGACCGGAAGUGCUUUUGAUCUCAGUAUCUCAAAAUCUUUUAUUAUAGGCUCGGUGAUAGCCAUCGGAA